UGAACGUCGUGGAGGCCCUCCAGGAGUUCUGGCAGAUGAAGCAGUCGCGGGGAGCUGACCUGAAGAACGGGGCUCUGGUGGUGUACGAGAUGGUCCCUUCCAACAGCCCCCCCUACGUCUGCUACGUCACCCUGCCCGGCGGGAGCUGCUUCGGCAGCUUCCAGUUCUGCCCCACCAAGGCUGAAGCCCGAAGGAGCGCUGCGAAGAUCGCGCUGAUGAACUCGGUCUUUAACGAGCAUCCCUCGCGGAGGAUCACCGACGAGUUCAUCGAGAAGAGCGUUUCGGAGGCCCUGGCGUCUUUCAACGGCAAUCGAGAGGAAGCUGAUAAUCCCAACACCGGGAUCGGCGCUUUCCGCUUCAUGCUGGAAUCCAACAAGGGAAAAUCCAUGCUGGAGUUCCAGGAGCUGAUGACGGUCUUCCAGCUUUUGCACUGGAACGGCAGCCUCAAAGCCAUGCGGGAGCGGCAGUGCUCGCGGCAG